AUGAGUGCUGACCAGGGGAGGGCCGUGAGGUGGUCCUGGUGUAGAGGUCAGGACCUGGUCUCCCCCAGUCCCCCUCACGCUCUGGGUUCUGGUCCAGUCCCCCUCACGCGCUGGGUUCUGGUCCAGUCCCCCUCACGCGCUGGGUUCUGGUCCCCAGGUAAACCGGACCCGUGUGCGUCCAGCCCGUGUCUGAACGGCGGGACGUGUUUCCACUACAUCGGGAAGUACAAGUGUGAGUGCACCGACGCCUUCGGAGGACGACACUGUGAGGCCGGCAGGACCCGGCCGCCCGGCCCCAACGCAGGGCCGGGCUGCGGCCCCCCCCCCCAGGUGGUCCACGCCGAGGUGCAGUUCUCGUCCACGGCGGCGGGCGCGGUGGCGCAGUACGUGUGCCGGCCCGGCUUCACCGCCGUGCCCCGGACCACGCGCACCCUCUGCGGGGUCAGCGGCACCUGGAGCCUGCCCCCCGCCUGCCAGGUGGAGAACCCGUGUGUACUGCAGCCCUGUGGGAACCGCGGCGCCUGCAGGAGCGACCAGCAGGGGAACUACGUCUGCACCUGCAGGGUCGGACACACGGGCAAGGACUGUGACAAAGACCUGCUGCCUCCGUCGGGCCUCCACGUGUUGCGGGUGGAGGAGGGCGAGCUGGAGAUCCGCUGGGACCAGCCCCACCCCUCCCCCGUCCCGGUCACGGGCUUCGCCAUCACCUACGCCCCCCUGGCGGCGGGGGCGGGCGGGGCGGGGCGGGGGGGCCGGCAGACGGACUUCCUGGCCCGGCAGCAGAGCAGCCACCUGCUGCAGGGCCUGACCCCCGGGGAGCUCUACAACAUCUCCACCUUCUCCAUCAAACGCAACGCCAACAGCAACGACAUCAGCCAGCCCGCCGUCGCCCUCAUACGCACCCGCCCGCGCGCGGUGGAGCAGCUGGCGGUGGUGAACGUGUCGUCCACGGCGGUGUGGCUGAGCUGGCUGGUGCAGGCGGCCCGCCACGCCGCCGCCACCCAGCUCCGCCUCUCCCUGGUGCCCGCCGACGGCGCCGGCGCCCGCACAGCCCUGCUCAACGGCAGCGCCACCCAGUUCAGCUUCAGCUCGCUGCUUCCUGGCCAGAUGUACACGCUGGAGGUGCUGACCCAGAGCGGCGUCCGGGCCGAGGAGUUCCCCUCCACCAGCCGGCCGGCCGGACCCCUGCACAUCUGGACCCGGCCCCUCCCCCCUCAGAACCUGUCCCUGGCCCAGGUGACGUCCAGCUCCGCCCUCAUCACCUGGGAGCUCACCCCCGGCGCGGCGGCGGACGGCUUCGUGGUCAACGUGACGCGGGGGCUGAACACGCGCAGCCGCUUCCUGCCCGGCGCGCUGCAGGGCGCCUACACCCUGAGGGAGCUCAGCCCCGGGCAGCAGUACCAGCUGACCCUCACCGCCGUCAGGACCCCCGGCACCGAGACCGUCCACAGCGCCCCCCGCCACCUGGCCUUCAGCACGCUUCCGAUGGAGGGGCGGAUGGGGAGGAGGGAGAGGCUGUCCUCGCUGGGUCAGGGGGGUCACGGGCGCCCCAAGACCCCCCCUCUGGACCGGGGGGGCGGGACCGACACAGAGAACGCUGACGAACACAGAUAUAAAGAGCUGAUCGACCGGAGGGGGAGGAUCACAGCCCAGUUCACCAACCUGCCCCGCAAGAUCCUCCGUCACCGGACCAGGCCGGAGCCCCCCGUGCGGUUAGAGCGGAUCGAGGAGACGACCAAUAAGAUCAGCCUGGCGCUGGAGGUCCCGGAGGAGGGCGCGAGGACCCCGCCUGCUUGCCAGCGGGUGCCUCACCCCUGCACUCGUCUCUUCUCGGAGACGAAGAGUGUCCCGGUCUGGGAGGACGGAGUGUGUCACUACCUGUACAAACGGACCUACAAGGUCCAGCAGGACGUCUGCUUCAGGGAGAUCUGUGAGCCAUCACUGCCCGACAAAACUCAGUCCUCCGUCCCCGAUGAAACAGCUGUCCCUGCUAUCACCGCAUAAAGACACGUCCAGGCGUCAUUAAAGACAGAAACUACGUCCUCCAUUUGAGAAGAAGGUUCAGUUUGUGUUGGUGUUAUGUCAGCGCUCGGCCUCCAGAGGGCGCUGUUUGUCAGAGACGGACCCACUCUGACUCUUGGAACAGCUUGUGGCGAUGAGGACCCCAAACACGGCAGACCAAGAGGGUUGAAGGCAUCAACAGAGAUUCAAAGCCAAUUAUCUUUAUUCGUAUCGCCCUUUAACACAGUUACGGACUCAUAGGUUAUCAGGGGCCUGCAUUAGACUACGCCCACUCCAAGGAAAACUUCCCAAAACCCAUAUCGGAAAUGAGAAUCAACGUAGAGAGGGAAAAGGGGAAGAAUACCUCCUUCCAGGGAUGGUUAGGAGAGGAAGAGGUGUGACUAGGCAGACAUGUAACGAUGAGAAAAAAUAUUCUGGUGUUUCUAAGUAGGAUUGGCAGUGCGCCCGGCCGUCGUAUACCUCACUGAAACGCAGCCCACGCUGAACCAUAGGAGUUUUCCGGAAUAUUCCCUCUGGGAAUUCCCUCAGGGAAAAUUAGCGACAGACAAAAAAAUCGAUUCCAGUCGAUGCAACACUGUACAGGACUGUAAAGUAAAGCACAUCCCAUAAUUCAUCCCCCUCCCUCCAAGAGAAAGAUGUUCCUCAUCAGUUUCUGCGUACAUUUGUCUUUUACUCUCUUGCCUUCCUGUGUUUUCUGAGCGAGCGUCUGUUGCUAGCUACUGUGUAAAUAGUGUUCAUAGGUGUUUUGUAGGUGAAUAUUUUAAUAAUAAAAUGUAAAACCCA